CGUCUCUCUCUUCCCCUCUUGUUCCGUGUAAAACCCUACAUCUUAAUCCAGAAAUCUGAUAUCUUCUCCCCCUUUCCUAAUAAAAUACCUACUUUCUAUUUUUAUCUCUCCCCCAGAUCCACCAAUCGGUCGCUUUGUCGUCAAUCGCCCAGUUUUUGCGCAAUCAAAUGCGAGGACAUUUGAUUUUCUCAUUUCUUUUCUCUUCAUCUUCCAAUAUUUUCUGAACGGUUCAUUGCUUUUAAAUUUUGGGGAAAGUUUGUUCUGCCUUCAUUCAAUUUUGAGUUUUCAGUUUUCCUUUCUUGAAACUAUCCAGAUUUUAGGAUUUUCGGACCGUGAAAGAAAGGCUGGCGAUUGUAGCCUAUAUUAGGUGAUGGCGGAAGGGCCUCAUGUCCGCCUCAUGGUCUUAUCCUCCCAAUCCGAAGAGUCAAUUUUGAUACAGGACGGUGGUUGUGGUUAUGAAGUAACUGCUUUAGCUUUAAAAUCAGCGAGAGAAGAGUCGACUAAUCUGCGUAUCCAAGAAUGCUGACUGUGCUGCGAGUGCAUCUUCCGUCAGACAUUCCCAUAGUAGGUUGCGAGCUCACACCUUAUGUUCUUCUGCGCCUCCCUGAUAAUACUGUUACUACGGAUGACGUCCCUGAGUCCUCCCCCAUCAACGGUCACUUCUUGAGAUAUAAGUGGUAUCGAAUACAAAGUGACAGAAAAGUUGCCAUAUGCAGUGUCCAUCCAUCUGAACAAGCUACAUUACAAUGCAUUGGAUGUGUGAAGGCAAAAAUCCCUGUUGCUAAAAGUUACCAUUGCUCCACCAAAUGUUUUGCGAAUUCAUGGCAGCAUCACCGCAUUUUGCAUGAACAUGCUGCCAGUGCUGCCAAUGAUAAUGCAAAUGAGGAGGAAGAAGUAUUUGUACGCUACAACAACACAUCAACUAGUGUGAUCAAUACAAACCUGCCUCCACAAUCAGCUGCCUGCUUAGCAAAUGGAGCAACACCUCUGUACCCUGCAGCAGUCACACAGAGGAGUGGUGGUGAAACAUGGUUUGAAGUUGGACGGCUUAAAACAUAUACACCAACGACUGAUGAUAUUGGCCAUGUUCUUAAAUUUGAAUGUGUUGUUUUAGAUGCGGAAACCAAUCAUGCAGUUGGGCAGGUGAAUACCAUAUUGACUUCUCGUGUAAUUCCUGCUCCAUCUCCUACACCACGCCGCUUAAUUUCAGUCAAAGAAGGUGAUGCUUCAGCAAUUCCUGAUUUAGGUGGUCGCAUUUCAUCUUCUGGAACAUUUACUGUGCUCUCGUACAAUAUAUUAUCCGAUUCAUAUGCCACAAAUGAAUUAUACAGUUACUGCCCCUCUUGGGCCCUUUCUUGGACAUAUCGUAGGCAGAAUCUAUUGCGUGAAAUAAUUGGCUAUCGUGCUGACAUUGUUUGUCUUCAAGAGGUUCAAAGUGAUCAUUAUGAAGAGUUCUUUGGUCCUGAACUGGAUAAACAUGGUUAUCAAUCCUUUUUCAGAAUGAAGAGUUCUGAGGGGAUUGGUGGAAAUAUGAAUAGUGUUGAUGGUUGUGCUACUUUUUUCCGACGAGAUAGAUUUUCGCAUGUUAAGAAAUAUGAGGUUGAAUUUAACAAAGCUGCACAAUCACUGACUGAUGCUUUAGCUCCCAGUGUUCAAAAGAAAACUGCUCUAGGUCGUUUGAUCAAGGACAACGUUGCACUCAUUUUGGUUUUGGAGGCAAAGUUUGGUAAUCAGGGAGUUGAUAAUCCAGGAAAGCGUCAGCUAGUAUGCGUGGCAAAUACUCAUGUACAUGUUCAACAAGAUUUGAAGGACAUCAAGCUUUGGCAGGUUCAUACACUUUUAAAAGGUCUGGAAAAGAUUGCUGCUAGUGCUGAUAUCCCGAUGCUGGUCUGUGGUGAUUUUAACUCGAUACCUGGAAGUGCUCCACAUGCACUGCUUGCAAUGGGGAAAGUUGAUCCAUUGCAUCCGGAUUUAGCAGUUGACCCUCUUGGUAUCCUGCGUCCAACAUCCAAAUUAACACACCAACUGCCACUGGUAAGUGCUUACACGUCCUUUGCUAGAAUGGAGGGUGGUUUUGCAAGUGAGCGUCACAAGAGGAGGAUGGAUCCUAUCACCGAGGAGCCCUUGUUUACAAAUUGCACAAGAGACUUCAUUUCUACUCAUGAUUACAUAUUCUACUCAGCGGACUUGUUAACCGUUGUAUCAUUAUUGGAGCUACUUGAUGAAGACAGCCUGAGAAAGGACACAGCCCUACCUUCUCCAGAGUGGUCUUCUGAUCAUAUAGCCCUUGUAGCAGAGUUUCGUUGCAAAUCAAAAAAUAAACACUGAUGCUUGGUUUUUGCUAGACAAUGGGGUUUCAAAUAGAGUCAGAAACAUUCACAAAGAGUUAAGAUCAAAGUUAUUAUUGUAACAAUAGUAGAUGUUGUUUUGUGUUGUAUGUAUCCUCUCCAAGGGGUCCACAUAGCUAUUCCAUCUCUUCUCUUUUUGUAUCAUGCUACUGUUGUCUCAUAGAAAAAACAAUUCCCUUUAUUAAAUAGAAGAAAUAUCAUCAGCAGUAUCUGCUAUCCAAUAUAAUUGCCUUUCCAAACCUCUAAACUUCCUGCUCAUGAAUGGCUCACCUUAAUG